ACAGCAAAAACAUAUUGUGGUAUUCUUCGACAAUAUAGCUGUUAGUGUCGUGUGAAGGCUGUACAACACGACGCUUCCUCCUCUUCCCUGCAUCAUCGUUUUACGCCGUGACGUCACCCGGACACGGAAGUCGGAGGGGCGGAGCCUUCUCGAAGAUGGCGUCGCUACGCUGUCGGCGCGAUCCGUGCGGCGUCGUCUGCCUUGUUUUGACCUACUUCAGCGUCUUUUACGCGGACUACGUGGUGGUCCAGUACGUGCUCAUCCCUGCGUACUCGGACAGUGUGUGGUGCACCCUGCACGGAUCUGCCUUCAACGUCAUUUUGCUGCUGCUGCUGGCCUGCCACUCCAAGGCUGUAUUCUCGGACCCUGGUGUGGUGCCCCUCCCUGAGACGGCGCUGGACUUCUCAGACCUCCGCUCGCAGUCCUCGCGAAUCAGCGACAGAGGCUGCGAGGGUUGGACCGUAUGCAACCGCUGUGAAACCUACAGACCCCCUCGGGCGCAUCACUGUCGCGUGUGCCAGAGAUGUAUACGCCGCAUGGACCAUCACUGUCCCUGGAUCAAUAACUGCGUGGGAGAGCUGAACCAGAAGUAUUUCAUCCAGUUCCUCUUCUACACGGGAGUGGCCAGCCUGUACUCCAUGCUGCUGGUGGUGUCGGCCUGGGUGUGGCGCAUCAGGAGCGAGCGGGAGGGAGACGCCCAGAGGGAAGAAGAGGACACGCCCAGCAAGCAUCUGAUUGUUGCGCACUACAUCAUUCUGCUGGUGGAGUCAGUCCUCUUUGGAGUCUUCGUCUUGGUCAUCUUCUACGACCAGCUGGCGUCGAUAGUCAGUGACGAGACGCCCAUCGAGCAGAUAAGGAACAGGCUUCUGAUGAAGGACAAAGGUUCCUCCUCUUCGCAGCCGCCUCACCAAGCCACACACACACGUAAGCCUAAGCUGGCUUUGCUACGGGAGGUUUUCGGACGAGGUUCCGUCUUCUGCUGGCUCCUCCCUCUGCACUCCAGCACCCCGUCAGUCGGAGGCGUCGCCUACUCUGCCCUGCCUGACUACGACGUGUAACCCGUGAACAAAGGCCCGUGAAUGUUCUGCCUAACGAGGAAGGCAGCAGAUGAUGUGCCUCAAGAACUCGAGCACAUGGUCACACCUGUGUCCUGCAGCUCAGCUCCCAGGAUUCUUGGCUCUUGUUUACUUUGAGUGUGAACACUGGGGAAUAUUUUACACAUUUGAUGGGACAUUUUUUUUAAAAAUUGGAUAGAAUUUGUAGCCUGGGUGGCAACUAAUCUCAAGGAAUGUGAAAGACCUGCCUGCAAAUAAUCCAUGCUGCAUUUUGUCUUAUAGGACCUCCUUCCCAAGCUGUGUCUCAAUCCGCAAACUUCCAUAUUUCCACAGUCUAUUGAGUGUGACAAAAUGCAGUACUGGAUGCUGCACUCAAGACUGGUCAAAAUGGUGAGUAUGGGUUGUACUUGUAUAGCGCUUUUCUACCUUCAAGGUACUCAAAGCGCUUUGACACUACUUCCACAUUAAGCAGGCAGUGCUGGACACUUGGCACCCACAGUCGUCACUGUCUUGGCUACGUAGCGAAAGAAAAAGGGCUAACUCGACUGAUUGCGAUUCACAAUUAAAAAUGAGAAGACGAAGGUAAAUAUUGCGGUCUUCAAAAUUUGCACAUUCAGGAACUGAGUUCACAGUACACUCAAUGAUUAACUAAGUUCACAGUAUACCUAAAGGGGAACUGCAAUUUUUUGGAGGGAAUUUUGCCUAUUCACAAUCCUUAUGCAAGACAAAAAGAACAAGUAUGUUUUUCUUUUUUAAUGCAUUCUAACUAGUAAAUAAAUGCAAUCAAAAGUUUGCUUACAAUGGAGCCUAUGGGAUUUGAUAUAUUCUGUUUAUAAAGCGCUUAAAAAACAUCCAAACACCUCCAAAGUUUUAUGAACACACUGUAAGCAUAUAUGUAAUGUAGUAACAAACAUAUUUGUAUUAUAAGAUGUAAUAUUUAUGUAUUUUGCUCAAUUUAAGCAUAAGGCAGCACAUUAAUAAAAAAAAGAAAUGCGGCAUUGCUUUUCCUCAACAUCACUGAUUAGUACUCAUGCAUACUUCAUGAGUCAAAAAACAAUUAAACAUCACUUACUGUAUAAUGUCUGCUGUCACUUGUAUGCCAACUGUUUGAAUGUUCAUUAAUUCUCGUUUAGAUGAAGAAUUAUAAACCUCACAAAGAAAAAAAGAGGGGUGGAACCAAGCGUCUUUCUGGGUCUAAAUUGGAUGCCAAAGUUGACCAACUUGUCAGACUAUGUACUCUUUUUUUUUUUACUGUCCAGGUGAAAGCAUUGUUUAUUAUCUAGAGUAAUAUUCUGCGAGCUCUGAGAUGAGAAAUCAGCUCACCAGCUAAUGACGUCAUAAAGCAGCUCUCUGUGUCAAUGUGCCGCUAAAAUAGUUUCUCUACAUUAUUGUUUAUACUAACAAUAUCAUUAAUGCUUGGUUAAAAUUCAGGACACAUGAUGUAAAUGAAGUAUUGUUGGCGCUUUUUGGAUGGUUAUUUAGAUGGCUUUAUGGACGGAGUAGAGCACCUCCCAAUAACUCCAUUGUAAGCAGAUUUGCAUUUAUGAGUUAGUAUUAGGGAUGUCCGAUAAUAUCGGACUGCCAAUAUUAUCGGCCGAUAAAUGCUUUAAAAUGUAAUAUCGGAAAUUAUUGGUAUCGGUUUCAAAAUUAUUGGUAUCUGUUUCAAAAAUGUAAAAUGUAUGACUUUUUAAAACGCCGCUGUGUACACGGACGUAGAGAGAAGUACAGAGCGCCAAUAAACCUUAAAGGCACUGCCUUUGCGUGCCGGCCCAGUCACAUAAUAUCAACGGCUUUUCACACACACAAGUGAAUGCAAAGCAUACUUGGUCAAUAGCCAUACAGGUCACACUGAUGGUGGCCGUAUAAACAACUUUAACACUGUUACAAAUAUGCGCCAUACUGUGAACCCACACCAAACAAGAAUGACAAACACAUUUCGGGAGAACAGCCGCACCGUAACACAACAUAAACACAACAGAACUAAUACCCAGAACCCCUUGCAGCACUAACUCUUCCGGGAUGCUACAAUAUACACCCCCCGCUACCCCCUACACCCCCUCAACCCCGCCCACCUCAACCUCCUUAUGCUCUCUCAGGGAGAGCAUGUCCCAAAUUCCAAGCUGCUGUUUUGAGGCAUGUUAAAAAAAAUAAUGCACUUUGUGUCUUCAAUAAUAAAUAUGGCAGUGCCAUGUUGGCAUUUUUUUCCACAACUUGAGUUGAUAUAUUUUGGAAAACCUUGUUACAUUGUUUAAUGCAUCCAGGCGGGCAUCACAACAAAAUUAGGCAUAAUAAUGUGUUAAUUCCACGACAGUAUAUAUCGGUAUCAGUUGAUAUCGGAAUCGGUAAUCAAGAGUUGGACAAUAUCAGAAUAUCGGAUAUCGGCAAAAAAGCCAUUAUCGGACAUCUCUAGUUAGUAUGCAUAAAAAAAAUACAUCUGUCUUCUUGUCUCAUAAUGAUUGUGAACGAUACGCAGAAUUCCAAAAGAAAGUGCGGUUCCCCUUUUAAUGGAGUGAACUGACAAAGUACUCACACAGUGGGUAGGGGAAGUAUUCAGACCCCUUUAAACUUUUCACUCUGUUUCAUUGCAGCCAUUUGCUAAAAUCAAAUUAUUUGUCAUUGACGUACACUCAGCACCCCAUCUCAACACAAAAACAGAAAUGUAGACAUUUUUGCAAAUGUAUUAAAAAGAAAAACUGAAAUGUCACACGGUCAUAAGUAUUCAGACCCUUUGCUCAGUAUUGAGUAGAAGCAUCCCUUUGAGCUAGUACAGCCAUGAGUCUUCCUUGGAAUGAUGCAAUAAGUUUUUCACACCUGGAUUUGGGGAUCCUCUGUCAUUCUUCCUUGCAGAGCCUCUCCAGUUCUAUCAGGUAAGAUGGUGAAAAGCCAUUUUCAGGACUCUACAAAGAUGCUCAAUUGGGUUAAGGUCAGGGCUCUGGCUGGGCCAGUCAAGAAUGCUUACAGAGUUGUUCCGAAGCCACUCUUGUUUUAUCUGUGUACUUAACGCCACCUUCCAACAAAGAAGGUGAACCUUUGGACCAGUCUGAGGUCCUGAGCACUCCGGAAGAGAUUUUCUUCCAGAAAAUCUUUGUACUUGGCCGAAGUUAUCUUUCCUUCAGUUGCAACCAGUCAUCCUGUAGCUGAAAAACACCCCCAUAGCAUGAUGCUGCCACCACCAAGUUUCACUAUUGGGAUUGUAUUGGGCAGGUGAUGAGCAGUGGCUGGAUUUCUCCACACAUACCGCUUAGAAUUAACGCCAAAAAGUUCAAUCUGGAUCUUAUCAAACCAUCCAUCCAUCCAUCCAUCUUCUACCGCAUGUCCCUUUCGGGGUUGCGGGUGGGUGCUGGAGCCUAUCUCAGCUGCAUUCAGGCAGAAGGCAGCGUACACCCUGGACAAGUCGCCACCUCAUUGCAGGGCCAACACAGAUAAACAACAUUCACACUCACACUCACACUAAGGCCAAUCAGAGAAUCUUAUUUCUCAUAGUCUGGGAAUCAUUCAUGUGUUUUUUGGCAAAGUCUAUGCAGGCUUUCACAUGUCUUGCACUGAGGACAGGCUUUCGUCGGUCCACUCUGCCAUAAAGCCCCAACUGGUGGAGGGUUGCAUUGAUAGUUGACUCUGGAACUUUCUCCCAUCUCCCUACUGCAUCUCUGGAGCUCAGCCACAGGGAUCUUUGGCUUCUUCUUUACCUCUCUCACCAAGGCUCUUCUCCCACAAUUUCUCAGUUUGGCUGGACACCCAGGUCUAGGAAGAGUUGUGGUCACCCCAAACUUCAUCCAUUUUAGUAUUAUGGAGGUCAUUGUGCUAUUAGGAACCUCCAGUGAUACAUUAAAUGUAUUUUAUAACCUUGGCCAGAUCUGUGCCUUGCCACAAUUCUGUCUCUGAGCUCCUUGGGCAGUUCCUUCGACCUCAUGCUUGUCAUUUGCUCUGACAUGCACUGUGAGCUGUAAGGUCUUAUAUUGACAAAUAGGAGCAUUUCCAAAUAAAGUCCACUCAGUUUAAUUAAACACAGCUGGACUCUAUUGAAGGAGCAGAACCAUAUCAAGGAGGAUCAGAAUAAAUAAACAGCAUGUAAGUUAAAUGAGUGUCAGAGCAAAGGGUCUGAAUACUUAAUACAUUUUGAAAAAAUGUCUACAUUUCUGUUUUUUCUGUCAAAAUGUUGUGCUGAGUGUACAUUAAUGAGAAAUAAAAUUUACUUUUUUUUUAUUUUAGCAAAGGUCUGCAAAGAAACAGAGUAAAAAAUUUAAAGACGUCUGAAUAAUUUUUCUACCCAUUGUAGCUAAAGAAUGACUGAGGCUGUGUCUCAAAUCGAAUACUUCUGUUAGUACAGCGUACACAUACUGAAGUGUACUUAGCUCCUCAAUGUGCACAAAUGUUGACAUUGUCGUGUUGUCCCAGAUUACUGUCGCCGCACCUUUUUAGGUGCAAUAUUUACCAGUUACUUCUCCUUUACUUGUAAACUGCGACUUCUCAAGUCAGUCCAUCACAAUGUAGCCAAGAUAUGGACUAUUGAGGGUAGUAAGUGUCUAGCACUCAAAAGACAAUGUGUAGUUACAGAAGUGUGCCAAUUGAGACACAGUCCUCGUUUGUGUUGUUUUGGUUGCUCCUUCCACAUAAUGGCAGUCUAACUGAAAGAUGAGGAAACCGUGAAGGGAUUUUAUUUGUGUUGUAU